AUGGGAAGCAAUUACACCCCAGUUUUUAUGGCCAAACAUUCAGCUUUCAGCCCUUAUAGACUAAUAAGACGAGAGACGGGGUUUCAAAACCCUGUAGGAGCAGAGAAUGCUAUAGCAAGAAGUCUUUAUUGCGGAAUGAAGCCCAUUGCUUCUUGGGACUGUGAACAGGCUAAUGAUGUUCCUACCGGAGGGGUGUUUAACCUUGAGUUCUCUCCGGAAGGGUCCUUGUUAGUGGCAGCUUGUGAAAAAAAAUCCAUUCAAAUAUUUGAUCCACUUACACAUAGAAGAAUUCAUUCUGUUAAUGGAGCACACUCGGAUUGUGUUAACUGUGUGAAAUUCUUGGAUGGUAGAAUGUUUGCAACAUGCUCAGACGAUGCCACCAUAGCACUUUGGGACAUAAGAAAUUUAAAAAAGAAAAUCUGUUCACUUCUUGGCCACUCUAAUUGGGUGAAGAACAUAGAGUUCUCAGUUAAAGACAAGCUUCUAGUUACAUCAGGGCUAGAUGGAAGUAUAUAUACUUGGGAUAUAAAUUCUUAUACAGAGUACAAUGUGGUCCACCAUAGAGUGUUUCAUGCUUCAGGCUUAAUGCGGUGCAGACUAUCACCAGAUGCAAGACAAAUGGUUAUGUGUACUACGGGCGGUUUGCUUGUUAUUAUACAUAAUUUGAAUUUGUCUACACUGGCAAGGGAUUUACAUGGAUUUAAGCCAAACCUGUACAGGCUGAUGCAGAUGAGUCAACAACUGAUCCCUAUUGCAGCGAUGUACGACCACCUGUUUGACUGUGAACGUCGAGAGAACCGUGUUGAGUUUGUGUCUGAUUUCCCAGAGAGAAAUGACGCCGAGGUUGUCAGUGCCUUGCAGAUUCAUCCUCAAGGCUGGAGUGCCUUAAGUAGAAAUAUCAGCCAUGGUGAUAGGUCUGAGUGGUCGUGCAUACACGACAUCCAGCCGAGCGACGCCGUGUCGGACAAGUCGUCGCGCGACAGCGUGGCCGCGGCCGCCCCCGCCCCCGCGCCCGCGCCGCGCCGCACGCCGCCCCGCCGCGGCCUGCGGCUCGCGCGCCUGUUGCCCUUCCGCAACCUGCGCCCGCACGCCAGCCGCGCUCACAGUUCUAGAACAGAAGGCACAAACCAAAGAGGAGAAGGUGGGAGCGAGGAUGCUGAUACGGAAGCUGGUAGCAGCACAGCGCGCAAUGAGGCACCGCAAGACGCCGUACCACCCGUCUCGGCGGCCACCUCUAGGCUCGGACCGGGCCUGCCGAGUAUACAGAAUGACGUUUGGGAAGCAUCGAUUACGAUCAAACAGCACAGAAUGGUCCAAGAAUUGUAUAUAAGGGGGCAGGUGGGUCGCAAUUUCAACAUGCAGCGCAUCAUGGGCAUCAACACUGGCAUUACGCCGCCCGCCGCGCCCGCUUCCGCGUCCGCGUCCGCCGCCGCACCCCGCGCGCGCGCCUCGCCCCGCCUGCUGCCGCUGGCACACAGCGCCACAGACAGUACAAGUCCGUCAACUUCCGGCCAAACACCGCUGCCGAGGAAUCGGGAAAGUAUGCUCACGUGCGAUGAGGAAGCCGCCACCAGACAUUACAUCCGACAAAAUAGAGAGCGACUGCUUUACUACAUCGAGGAGACCAAUGAGGGCAGAGGUUUUAUUAAGGAACUGUGCUACUCAGCAGACGGUAGACUUGUGUGCUCACCUUUUGGACGCGGCAUGCGUCUCUUAGCACUGAACGAAAACUGCAGCGAACUGUCCCAUUGUGUGCAAGAGUCACGCGGCCCUUCCCCUAUGGUCGACGUGGGACAAAGUCUCGGCAUUCAUCAGGACCUCGUCGUCAGUUCCAAAUUCAGUCCACGUCACCAUCUACUCGUCACAGGUUGCCUUGAAGGGAAAAUAGUCUGGUACGAGCCUUAUAGUGGUGAAGGCUUGUAUUGA